AUGAACAAAUUAUAUAUAUUUAUAGGAAUCAUAUUUAUUAUAUUAUGUUCUGACUUUAGUAAUAAUGUAAAUAAAAACAAUAUAUGGAAAUCUCAUUAUUCCAUUUUUUUGAAAGAAAGAUUUAAUAGAAACAAUAAUUAUUAUAAUAAUUAUUAUAAUAAUGAAUAUAAUAAUAUAGGUAGGAAAAAAAAAAAAAAAAAAAAAUAUAUUUAUCGUCCAAACCUUGGUUAUAUAUUUCUACCUUUUAAUAAUAAACUUGGUCGUUCUAAUACUUACAAUAAUGUAUCAAGAAAUGAAUGUAUAGUUGAUUAUAUAACAAACAAAAAGAUGCAAAGAGGAAAUAUUUUCCUUUAUCAUAAUGUGCAAGCUAUAAAUAAGAAAAUGAAAUUAAAAUAUAAUGUAUCUAUAUGUGCUGAAAAUAAAAAAAGAAAUAACCAUGUGUUCAUGGAUAAUAACUGGGGAGAAUCUUUUCAAAAUGACAAGACAGAAGCAGUAAUUGAUAAAAACAUUCCUAGUAAUGUAAUUAAUAAUGACAAUGAAAAUAAUCCUGAGUAUGAGGGUAUGCCUAACCACCUAAGUGAUAGUAAUUUAGAAAGUGCUUUGAAGAAAGCAGAAGAAUAUAUUAAAGGAAAAAAAGAUGAUAUAAUAGAAAGAAGGGAAAAAGAAAAAAAGAAAAAAAUUGUUGAAAAAAUGAAAGGUGAUGAAGAUGUUUUUUCAGAUAAGUUAUUAGAUUUAAAAAUAUAUGAUAUGUUAAAAUAUGUAUAUAGAAAUAAUAUAUAUAGGACAUCUCAUCAAUUAGUAAAUAGUGUAUGCAUGUGGAUGAAAAAUACGUAUUCUACUUAUGUAGAUACUAAUAAAGAAAUAGAACGAAGAAAAAAAAUGAAGCAACAAAAAGAUAAGGUAGAAAAUGAGGAAGAAGAUAAAGAAAAAGAUGCAAAAGAUUCAAAAGAUGAAGAAAAAAAAGAGGAAUUAAUAAAUUCAAGUGAUAAUCAAAGUAAUACAAAACACAAUGAAACUGAUAUUAAUUAUAAAAGGGUCGAUGUUAAUAUCGAUGAAGAUAUAACAAAAGGAGAAAACACCCCCCCCCCCAAAAAAAAAAAAAAGGACGAAAUUGAAAGUGAAAUUAUAGAAAAAGAUAUUUCAACAAAUUAUAGUAAAGAUAGAAAUGUACAGUAUUUAAAUACUUUUUCUUUUGAUAAAAAUAAUGAAAAACUGAAUAAUGAAAUGGAGAGCUUAAAAUUGUAUAAUAAAAAAAAUUUAAGUAAAUAUUUUUUUUCUCUCUAUAAAGGAAAUAUAUUAAAACAGUUGGUAACCGAAGGUGAGGAUUUACACCAGAAGGAUGAAUAUAUGGAAAGAAAAAAAAAGGAUAACAUAAAUAAAUGUGAUAGUAUAAAUAAUAAUAUGUUACAUAAUAAUAAUAAUAACACAUAUGGUAGUAAUAAUAAUAAUAAUAAUAUGUUAGAUAAUAAUUACUUCGAUAAAAGAGUAAAAGACACGCUAACACAGGAAUUAUUUCUUUAUGAUGAAGAAUAUUAUAUAGAUAAAGAAAGAUAUAUGAAAUCUAAUGUUACUAUAGAAUUUAAUAUUUAUGAUACUUAUAGUGAUAAUGUUAUUUUAAAUAAUAAAAAAACAAAUUCAACUAUGUUAGAGUUCCCAUUAAUAGAUAGUCAUCAUAUUAUUCAGAAGUGUAUAUUAACAAUGAAAAAAUUAGAAAAGGCUAUAUUUUAUAUUAAAAAUAAUUUAUUAUUUCAUACAUUUAACUACAAUGAUAACCCUACAAAUAAUGAUGAUAGAAAUAUAUAUGAUGUUAUAAUAAAUGAAGAAUGGGUUAAAAUGGAAUUAUAUUUAUGUAAUAUAUAUGGUAUCAAUGAAAAAUGGAUGGGUAUUACUCCUAAUAUGUUUGAGAAUGAAGAAAAGACAAAUAUGUUUUUAAAAAAUUAUAACAUGGAGAAUCCUCAAAAUAAUAUUAUUACUUUAGGGGACCCAAUUAAUAGUACUAACGCAAUAACUAAUGACACAAAUGAUGAAAUUAUAAAUAAAAUAAAUGAUGAUAAAAAUGGUACUUUAAAAAAAAAUACUACUCAAGUUGAAAAAGGUUCUAGUAAUAAUAAUGUAAAGGAUGUUUUAAAUAAUUCAGGGUAUGUGUCAUGCGCUGGUUUGAAGGAUGGAAAUGUUGCAAGUGAUAAAAAUUUUGCAGGUGACAAAAAUAUUGCAAGUGACAAAAAUGUUGAGAGUGACAAAAAUAUUGCAAGUGACAAAAAUGUUGAGAGUGACAAAAAUAUUGCAAGUGACAAAAAUAUUGCAAGUGACAAAAAUAUUGCAAGUGACAAAAAUAUUGCAAGUGACAACAAUAUUGCAUGUGACAAAAACAUUUUAAGUGACAAGAAUAACGACGUGAUAGAAAAAAACUCAUGCAAUGCAGUGGUGGAUGAAGCUAGCCAAAAGAGAAGAGAAGAAAUUAUAAGAAAGACUGAAGAAUAUGAAAGGAGAAAAGAAUUAGAAAUAAAAAGUGAUUUAUUAUUAAGAAAAUUAGAAAACGAAAUGAAAUACGAUCCAGAUCAUUAUAUGUGGAAAGAUUUAUAUCCUCAAUUAAGUGAGCAUCAUAAAAAGAAGACUGAUAAAUAUUUUGAAAAUUUAAAAAAAGAAAUGAGUGAGAAUAAAUGUAGUAGAGGAUAUACAGAUAAUAUAAAAAAGAAACAAAGUAUGAAAGGAUAUGAUAUAGGUGAAAAAAUUGAAGGAAGAACAAAAUAUUAUAUAUGGCAUGAAAAUAUGUUUAGUUUUUCUUUAUAUUUUUUUUUACGUCCAUAUAUAAAAAAAAAACAUAUUCUUAUAGAUAUAGAUAAUCAUUUCUUUUCAUUAACAAUAAAUAAACAUAAUAUUAUAAAGGAUGUUUUUAAUCAUCCUAUAAAUUCUUCAGAUUCUGUUUGGUCCUUGACAGAUAAUGAAGAUAACCUUUCUACUCAAAACCAAGUGAUUGACAUGCAAUAUCCUGUAUAUGAUAUAACUAAUAUACAAGAUGAGGAAAUACAAAGGUUUAUAAAGAGUAAAUAUUCUUUGGUAUAUAAUAUAUAUAAGGAUAACAAUCAUAGGUAUAUGUGGGGGUCUAUAUUUAAAUCAUCAUAG